CCCAAUAAGUACUAGGGCGACCUACGUGGAGAAGUUUAGUCUCACAGAUUAGAGCUUUGAAAUCCACCAAAUCCCUCCAGCUUCAAGUUGAACGUGGACAAGUACAGCAAGCGCGGUGACAUUCAGAAGGGGGCGUAAACCCAAGUUAACAAUCACCUCUUGAACGACCCGGAAUGUCGACAGACUAUUCAGCUGAUGAUAUCGCGGCAGCGAUGAGUUUGCUGUUCUUCCAGUACAUUUACAUUUCUCUAACUACUUUCUGGACCUACGAUUAUGCUUGUUCGCUUCACGAAGAGUGGAGAUUCCUGCUUUUGUCGCACUGGACCAAGGCGAAAGGCCUUUAUAUCGUCACGCGAUAUGUCCCCUUUCUCCUUCUCGCAACAAAUUUAUAUUUGAGUUUUAUCCCAAAUGAAACCCCAGGUAAAUGCCGGGUGUUGGACAAUAUUUGCUCAGGGUUCAGCAUGCUAUUAGCUGUUUGCUCCGAAUGCUUUUUCAUUCUAAGAACAUGCGCGCUCUGGAGCAACAAUAGAAUCUUGUUCGCAGCCAUUCUUGUAACCGCUUUCACUUUUGUCGGGGCAUCUAUCGGCGUUACCUUCGCUACUACUGCUCCCGCAACAUAUGCAAUCAGUGCGAUCCCCGGUAUCGCAGGGUGCUACCAGAGCUCGACUAGUCUCCAGCUCUUCAUACCAUUUCUUUUAUUGUGCGCAUUCGAAUUGGGACUCAUGACUCUCACACUCAUACGUGCCAUACAGAGCUGGCAGCAGAACAGAAACCGUCUGUACACUGUCCUGGUGAACCAUAACAUAUUUUAUUAUACAUGUGGUCUUUUGUUCUCUGUGGCGAACAUAUUCACGUCACUGCUCCUCCAUUACUCCUACCACGCUAUAUUGCAUGAUUUCCAGUUCAUUGUCCUCGCGAUCCUCGCCACGCGUAUGCACCGCCAUCUCUGGCAGAUGAAGCAUCAAACACGCGGCUCUGAUGCACUCAUGCAAAUUCCUAUGUCUGACAUGUCACCUGUAGAGUGUACGGCAUGACACAUUACUUACUCGACAUCGUUUGUCGAGCGAGGUGUAUAUUGUACGAGAUGAUUGGUGGGCUUGGUAGAGCUCGCCAGACGCUUAACUUAUAGGACUAUUUUUGCGGCAGGAGAAGCUUUUGGUGUUUUUCAACAUCCUGGGCGUUGAGUUUUCAGUGUGAGCUACUUAGCAACUACUAUCUUUUUCCUUCAUACAUCGAUGGCCUCGUAUCGUACUGGUUGCUUAGUUCACUCUGUCAUAUUUCUUCGAUCAAUAUCAUACUGCCUUUGAACAUAUCAUAUAGAA